AUGUGGCUCAGUAUUAUACUCGGUCCCAAUGAGCCCAAUCAUGAUCAAAUCGACAACUAUAUCCGCCCACUCAUGGACGUGUUUGUUGUCGGUUGGGAGCAAGGAUUCCGACUAUCUUGCACUGCUCUGCACCCAUCUGGCCGCGAUUUGAACCUCGCACUCGUUAUUGACGUCAACGACUUACCUGCGACACGAAAGAUGCAAGGCAUGGCCGCCCCCACUUCAAAUCACUAUUGCUCAAUCUGUGAUUGCUAUGGUGUUCAUACCAUGUACAAUACGGAAUAUCAUGCUUGGAAUCGACGUGAUAUCACAGUCCUGCGUGCUCAGGCCUUUGCAUGGCGAGAUGCGCCAAGUCAGGCGGUUAGAGACGCCAUCUUCUCUCAGUAUGGCGUUUGUUGGUCUGAGUUUUGGCGUUUACCGUACUGGGACCCCACCCGCAUGGCUGUCGUAGAUUCAAUGCAUUGCAUCUUUGAAGGACUUGUACAUUAUCACUGCCGUCGAGUGCUGCGAAUUGAUACCAAGUUGGCCAAGCGCAAGGAGACAAUGGGCGCGGCUUUCAAGCAUGCUUGGCUGGAGUAUGACGCUGCAACAUGCCAUCCGGCUUGCUUAUUGCAGACCGAAGUGAGAGAAUUGCCCAUGAUCCGCGCCAUACAACAAAAGCUCGUACAACCCUUGCUUGCCAAUGAAGAUGAAGUACACGAGGAUGUAGAGCCUGUCGAUGACAACAUCGAAAUGGUCGACGCUUCCGAUCCUCGUUUUGUGCCGGCGAUCAGCAUUGAUGAGUUGCGCCAGCAGCUCAUGAGGACCAAUCUCCAGCCACUUCGCUGGGUCGUGUUCUCGCUUGGGCUCAAUACGGACCCAAGUUGUAUCAUAUCGAAGAAGGCCUGCUGUGAUCAACUACUCUCUUGGCGCCGCACAAAGCCGCUCACAAGCGAUACAUUCAUCCCCCGGUCGAUCAACCUUGCCAAUAUUCAUUUCAUCCAACGCGUCAUCAAGCAGACUACUACUCCGGCUUGGGUGGAUUCGGUGCCUUCGAAUUAUGGUGAUAGUCAUGCGGGGACAAUCAAGGCAGCUGAAUGGCGCAUAUUGGCAACGAUAUAUCUCCCCAUUGCUCUUGUCAUCCUCUGGGGCGACCAUGAUCCCUCAGAGCAAUCAACACGCAUGCUCCAGAUGCUGGAUCAUACAAUGGCGCUGUUCUCGGCGGUCAUUUUAGUCAGUCGAUACACAAUGACCCCUUUGCGGGCUUCCAAAUAUCGUUCUCUUCUGAAGCAAUGGGUAGAUGGUCUCCCAACCAAUCAUCCCCAUACUCAGUCUCAUGCCAUGCGGCCAAACGUCCACAUGGCUUUUCACAUCUACGACUUUCUCAUACUCUUUGGUCCCAUUAUCUCCUGGUGGACAUUCCCUUUCGAACGCGUAAUUGGAUUCCUCCAGAAGAUCAAUACCAACGAUCAUAUCGGCGGAGAACUUGAAGCCACUCUGUCCAAAUCCUUUAUGCGUGGAGCAAGCAUUCGGCAAUGGUUGCAACGACCCGACUGCCCCCCCGUUUUCAUUGAGCUGAAAGUUCUGUUUGAUAAAACCUUUCCAUCUUACAAUCUACCCGCUGAUUCGCCACCACUUGCCAAGGCUGGAGAACGCGCACACUACAAAUGA